AUGUCGGAAGCGACGGCGACAACGGAAGAGAUCAGCGAUGUGGUUCUGCACUUCGGCGUGGACCCCAUGCCGGCAAAUUCUGCUUUACUUCGCCUGGCCUCUCCUGUGUUCAACCGUAUGUUGGCGAGCGGCAUGAAGGAAGCGCAGCAAGGUGUCAUCGAGGUGGAUGUGGCCAGCAAAAAGGAGUUCAUCACUUUCUACAACCUACUUGGACCUUGGGCAUGGAGCAGAGACAAAGUGACCGAAGCCAAUGUUGAUUCGCUUCUUGCAAUCAGUGACUACUACCAGGUGGAGAUCAUCAAGCAAACCUGCGAGGAUCUGCUGCUUACUCUUCCGCCCAGUGGUGCUCGCCUCCUGCAAGCUAAGAAGCACGGCCUCAACAGACAGUACCUCAGGUGCGUAGAUGCCGUGGCCAAGAGCCGUACACAGGAGAACUUGGAGAUGCUUCGCCAAGCCGAGCCCGACAUCAUCCUGGACGUGGCCCUCAAGAUGCAACAUAUGUUGAACCAGCUCAUGGGGAUGAAACCUGAGAUUAUCAUCUGCAACACUGCGCAACCGCGAUACUACUCCGAAGACGAAGAGGUCGCUUACAUGUUGAAGUCCGAGGCCGAUCAACUGAAAAGCUUGCACGGAAAGCUGCUCGACCUGGUCCAGGAGUUGGAAAGUCCUCCACAAGUACCUCCAAGAGUCAGGUGGAUGAUGAGGUGGUUGCAGCGUACAGGUGUCUGGUGGCUGCUACGAGGCCUCAGAACUGUGGUGACGCGCGUUGCUGAUGGGGUGGUUGCAGCGUACAGGUCUUGUAUGUGCGUGCUUUGGUGGCUGCUUACGAGGAUCUCCUCAGUGCUUCGAGAAGAGUACCGUGAAGUGCUGCAAUGCGGUGCGCUGGCGUGCUUCUUUAUCUUCUUGCGGCAAUUCUCGCGGAACCUGGACACCUGA